AUGGAGUUAGUGUCCGGGUACCGUGACCCCUUGAUUGAGUUCUCGGAGGCCAUGGCGCAAUGGUACCGCUGCUUCCAAACCACACGUAACGGACGCAACCGGGAUAAACACACGGACGGUGAAUUUUGGGGUUACGGCUUUCCCCGCUACCCCGUGGACCGCUCACCGUACUGGAUACUGCACCUGUUAGACUGCACGACACCUCCUCCUGCCGCCAGACCUCGGCUUGAGCAAGCUAAUGUCGACCCGUCCGAACUGAAUAGGUUGAGCAGCAGCGGGGAGAGUAUUCUGAUGGUGACCGACGCCUCUGGCUUGCCCCUGGGCUUCGACGUCCUGCCCUGCGGCUGGGCCAGCUCCCUGGGCGGGGGCGAGGUGGCGGGGGGAGACGGGGAGGGGAUGGUGGGGACCCUCCAGAGGAUGGUGGGGCUGCUGCGACGCUGCAUGGAAGCCCCCAUGAGCGGGGGCCUGCCCCGGAGGCCCCUCACUCUGAGAGUCAACGACCGGAAGCUGCACAGGUUGCUCAGCCGCAGUAGCAAGGCCCUGUCCAUCCUGAAGGUGGCGCUGUGGCCCCACGCCCUGGGGGGCUGGGACCCGGCGCAGGUGGAGGAGGAGGGGGUGCAGGCCGCGGAGGCCGUGAGCUUUAGCAUGCGCUGGCCCCCUACACUCUACUGUCACGUGUGUAAGAAACACUCAUUCCCCAGUCAGCUGAAACCAUGCUCUCAGUGCAGGGCAGUCCUGUACUGCUCCGACCAAUGUGCCCACUCAGACCGGACCCGUUGCCCAGACGAUACAAGUCACGAGCACUGGUGUGGCAAGCUGGCCACAUUUAUGGCCAAUGGGCCCCUGUUGACAGACAGCCCAUUCACUUAUGCCGAAGAGGUGGCGGCUCAUGACUUUGACCUGGAGCACUUCCUGUUUAAGAACAAGCUGGACUGUGGUUACUGGGUCCACUGGAGUCUGCUGGUGCGCUCCCCCCGCUACGAGCUCCACCACAGAAUGGAACAGUCCAAAGACCCAUACCCCCAGUGGCUCGCAGGUUGGUACGCCCCAGUGGCCAACAGUCCCCAAACAAUUACAGUGUGUUGUCGUCACAGGGAACCCUAUGGACCGUUGAUUAGGGAAGGAGAGAUCUUGCUUUGUAACCCAGCCCCACGUGCCCCCAGUCUCACCAAACCUCUGGUGUCAUGGCGUCAGUACUGUGAUUGGAGAGGACUAGGCCUGUCGUCUCUCGUUGCUCCUCUGCUAAGUUCCCCUCUCUCCAUCUACUACAUCAUCACCUCACUGGUGCCCAAACAUUUUCCGGAGCUGAACAUUCUGAAGAAGCAGUCUCUGAAGAUUCAUAUCAUCGAGUCCUACAGGGAGUUUCACUCUCUUGUGGUGUUCUGGGAACUCUCCAUGCUCCUGCCACACAUGACCUUUGAACUCGUGUUCAUUGGGGAAGGCCUUCCUGCUGAGAGUGAUGAGGUGCAGCUCUUUCUGCAAAAGAAGAAUGGCACGGUGACAUUCGUGAACCCCAGCUUGACCCCAGACGAAAAGGUUGACAGGCGAAGCCUCCGGGUUAAAGGUUACCGCCGGGCCUAUCACAUGCUGCAAGGACCUAAACCAGACCUGGUGAUAGGCUUCAGACCUAUGAUCCCACUUCAUGAGUCUUGGCUCAGCACUCUCCCAAGGCUACAGUCUCUGCGGGUGCCAGCCUACUUCUGCGAGGUCAGCGAGCUGAGCUGUGAGUGCAGCCUGCAGGUGAUGAGCCAGGCCACUGGGGGCGCUGUCUCAACACCUCACAUCAACCCCUUCCACUGCCCUCUGCGCAUCACUGGAGGAGACAACAUGCUCCCUUGGUAUUCCAAUGCAUUUAUCUUUCAUCUUGUGUAUAAGCCCGUGGCUAGCUUCUUACAACGGCCCAUGGCAGCAAAUUCUGAAGACCCAUACCCACAGGAUGAGCCAACCAAUCGGCCGCUGGAGAAUCCUCCAAAGAUGACGCGCAAGGAGAGGAAGCACGCGGCUCGCUACCUGCCUCGUAAGCGCAAAUGAGACGCGCGCACGCACGCACGCACACAAACUUCAGAGUCUUUUCUGAAAGAUUGUAUCAUUUUUAUUAAAAAGUGACUCAGUUAUAAAUUCCAAUAGCAGUCUUGGCUUGUUUAUAUACACGAUCAUACACGGUGGUUCUUUAUUAGAUUGUUGCAAUAUUUAUGACUGUCUUUGCCCAGACAUUCAUCUAAACCCCGAGGGCAAUUUCUCUCAAGAGUCUCUCUGGAAUCA